UAGGAGAGCACAGAAUUUCUGAUAUUUUUUCAGGUGAGCCACAAAAAAUUUUUUAGCGCACAUGAUUUUUCACAAUGGGAAGGAAUAAAGCCAGGUUUUCAAAAUUUAUUCAGCUUCUUGAACAAUUCUUCUGUUUUACACUCGGCUGCCAAAAACCAAACUUCUAAUUUCUGUUAGCUAAGACAAGAAGGUUGUACAUAAAAACUCUCUACACAUCCCUGAUCCCCAGAACCCUGUUCACAUCAUAGGAUGAUAUAUGCUCCUAUGUAAAGCACUGUCUCAUGAAAAUAAAAGUUUUGUGGGCUGUAGCCCAGCUACAGAAGUCUUCCCAGCUGGAAAAAAAAGAAUCCUAGACUUUGUGUUGUGCUUCUAGGACUUCCUGCAUCUUCACUAAUUACUUAACUGUGCAUGUCCCUAGUCUUUUCUUAAAUAAUUUUACAGCUAUCAUGUGUAGUUAUUUCCCUGAUUUUGCAGUAUCUCUUUUUAAGCAUGGAAACCUGAAGUGGACUUAGCAAUUUCUGACAGGUUCCCCAGUACUAAAAACUUGACUAUAUGAGCUACAGGACAGCAUUAGCAAAUAGAUUUACUUGUCCAACAUGAUCUCUAGGUCUCUUGCAAAAUCACCAUGUCCCAUGAGACACACACUGAUCUGAAAGAUUUGGUUUAAAACUCUUGUUUCUAUGUCCACAGUCAGUUUGGUGGUAUUAAAAAUGACAAAUUGCACUGGUGAUAUUUUGACUGAGUUAUGGUUUAUCGAAUUUUCCUAACUUAGGCUCUGUAGCAAAUUCCUCACAUCUCAAUAGUCAUGAAUGGAUUCAAAAUGUGCUUUGGAAUAAUAAGGGUAGGGGGAAAGUGUCUAAGAAUAAUACAUGAAAGAGGCCAGAGGUGUUUUGGCAGCAGUGCGAGAUUUCAGAGGACAAUAAAUACUAGCAGUGAAUCCUUCUCUCCGAACUUGGCUAUCUCUCAGGAUGCAAUCUGUGUCACCUUCUCUGGGAUUCUCAAGCCAACCUCUUGUUCAUCUCACCUGCCUUACACAAACACACCACUCUCCCUCUCUGCCUGCACCAAGAACAUCCCAUGCUUAUUCUUCUGCUUCUGCUAGAUGUCUGCCGUAGCAGUGGGCUCUUCUUGUGUUAAAGAGCUGCUGUAAAUAUUGAAUUUUGUUUUUCUCAGCUUAAAUUUGGGUUAAAUAGAGACUUAUAAGUAAUAAUACAGGCUCAGUUCUGGUUAAAGAAAAAAAUCCAACUUUAAUUCAACUUUUUACUUCCGUUUCAAUUUGAUUUAAAAACUUUAAAAACUGGUUUGUUUUAAUAGAUCCCUAUUAUCUGUAUGAUCAUGACAUUUUUAGUGUUAUUUAAAAGUCUUUCACUAUCUGUGUCAACAGCACAUUUCAACAUAAAUUAUUCAGAAUCUAUUUCCAGAUUACCAGCAGCAGUAUUGAGCGGGAGAAAGUACAAGUCACCAUAAAACUCUACUAUAACAGGUACUUUUGAAGAUCUGUCAUCUAAUCAGCCCUUAGCCAUUUCAUGUAUACUUAUCAAAAUUUUCUGUGAUACUAAUUCAAAGGUAUCACAAAAGUCUAAAAAUAUCACCUUUUACUGUUCCAUUUAUUAACUCAAAUUCUAAUAACCUUGAAAAUGAGCACUAAUGCUUUUUUAGUAGUAUUAACUUCAUCUUCUUUAGUUUUUAAUUGCUGGAUUCUACAUAGCUUUUUUCUUCAUAAUUGUUGGCUCAAACUAAUGUUUAACUUACUGAUUUAUAACCACAUUAUAAUAUUGAUAUUCGUUAUAUGCUGAAACCUUUCUCUCUGGCAAACAUACUGGAGAAGAUUUUUGGUUUAAAUUAGCUGCAACUGAAAAAUUGUCUUAACAUUUUCUUAUAACAUUGCAUCCAUUUUCUUCGCAACGUUCUGAAGCUAAGUUUGUAUUCCAUUUGUCUCCAGCAUGCCACUCUUCAUGGCAUUACUUUAAGACAGCUCCACCUGUUCCAUUUAGUCUCCAAAAGAGAACAGUUCUAUCUGGGACACAGGGGGUAGGGCAGCUGCCCAUCCUUCCCACUACCAGGGGUAUUGCCUGAUGCUCCACUCAGAUCAAAUCUUCAGUCUCACAUUAGUGGAGCAGCCAUAGGUUUUUGUCCAAUCAUUUUUUGGUCUUAGAACUAGAAAAUCUCAAAACAUAUUCAAUAUCUCAGCUUCUUCCCUGAUGUUUCCCACAUCAAGCUUCCCGCCAUUUUUGCCUAGUUAUGUUCUCAAAAAUGGCUGACACAUUUUUGCUGAAACACUGAAUAAAAUCAUCAAAGAAGAACAUCACAUAUAGAAGUUUUCAGCUCAAAUUAUGAAAAAUAUCUGUAGUGAUUAUGCAAAUAAUAAAAAAAAAAGUAUGUACAAUUUCUGGGUUCAAGUUAAAGUUCUUAAAAAAUCAAAAUCAAUUUUUUUACAAUUUGUAUCAGAACAGUGCCUGGGAAAGUAAAUGAAUUAUGUACUUAUGUACUAAGCAUUCUUCAUGCGUGGUUUUAAAAUAUAAGAAUUGUCACUAACCAAUGAAUCAAAGUGAAAAUAAACAGUUAUGUAAAUUUACAGUGGGUUUAACUACUAAACCUAGAUUUUAGAGUUGGGAACAUCCAAUGUAAUAUCCUCAGGGUUGAAGUGGGCUACUGGAAAUAAUCACUGGUCCAAUGAUGGUGGUUUGUUUUCCUGGAGCCUGCAACAGCAGAUUCCCACAGUCCCAGAUGUUUGCAGACUAUAGAUGAGCUUGGCUUCCCAUCACCUGAACGCUGGCAACAAGCGUUUUGUUCAAUCCCCCAGCCUGGGGGUUGAACCAGGCACCUUUUGCAGAGGAGCUGACAGGGACUGAUAUUCAACUUCUUCAGGAGCUGGUCAAACCUCACUAGCAACUUCGGUGUUUCUUGUUUUGGUUCUGUCACCGGUGCAAUGGAAGAGACACGGCUCAAACACCGGAUUUGGGGAGACGCGUGUCUGAGGUACUGGAGAGCUGCUUCUGCCUCGGCUUUCAGGCAGAGUAGAGCACACUGAGGGCAGAAAGCAGUUUUUGGGGCGGUUCUGUGAAUUUAGUUUGACAGGACGGGCAGAGGUGCGCAUUUUCCAGCUGCGGUCACGCUGCCAAUCUCUUCAUGGAAGAGCUGCCGUGGACAAGGGCAGGCGGCCGGGAGCAUGCAGGGAUGGAGGAGGCCUCGGAUGGGACGCGCUGCUGAGAGGCGCCGUUUCAAAGGUAUCCCGCAGGAGCGGCAGGACCCAUGGAAAACGGGAAGCGACACCCUCCGCCCCGACACGGCCUGCGCCAAUGCCGGCACCGGCGCCGCCCCUUCCCGGUAGCCGCGCCCCACCAGCGGCCGCUCCGGCACCGCGCCUGCGGGACAUGCGCGGACCCUACCGGGCUCCUGCUCUGUUUCCCUCCCCCUCUCCUCUUCCUUCUCGCCUUUGCCAUGGCGACACCGAGUGGCCUGAUCCGGGCCCUACACCGCGGGACCCUCGGCCAGAAUAUGGUCGUGGAUCGGAUUUUCUCUGGUAUCCAGCCAACUGGGACCCCUCAUCUGGGUAACUACCUUGGAGCCAUUCAGAACUGGGUGAAUCUGCAGGAAAAGUGCAGCUCAGUGCUCUAUAGCAUUAUGGACAUGCACUCUCUCACCAUGCCUAAGGAGCCAGCUGUCAUGCGCCAAAACAUCCUCAACACCACUGCUGCUGUCCUUGCCUGUGGGAUUGACCCAAAGAAGUGUUUCUUGUUCCGGCAGUCACUGGUUCCUGAGCAUGCAGAACUUGCCUGGAUUCUUGGGUGCUUAACUAAUGUGCCACGUCUGCUACGUUUGCCCCAGUGGAAGACGAAGCGUGCCAGCCAGAGUAGCGAAGGAACUGUUGGUUUGUUGACUUACCCAGUGCUUCAAGCAGCAGAUAUUUUGUUGUACAAGUCAACACAUGUUCCUGUUGGAGAAGAUCAAGUCCUGCACCUGGAACUAGCCCAAGAUAUAGCACAACAUUUCAACAAGAAAUAUGGAGAAUUCUUUCCUGUGCCCAAAGCCAUUUUAAGUACAACAAAGAAAAUAAAAUCCCUCAGAGAUCCAUCAGUGAAGAUGUCCAAGUCAGACCCACAGAAGUUAGCUACUGUUAACAUAGCAGACAGCCCUGAUGAAAUAGUGCUGAAAUUUCGCAAAGCUGUGACUGACUUUACCUCGGAGGUGACCUACGACCCUGCCGCUCGCCCUGGUGUUUCCAAUCUGGUGUCCAUUCACUCUGCAGUAACGGGGCUUAGCAUCAAAGAAGUGCUGCACCAAGCCACUGGUCUCGACACUGCUCACUACAAAAUGGUGGUAGCAGAGUCAGUUAUCCAAAAAUUUGCUCCCAUCAGGAAUGAAAUCAAGAAACUCCAGGAAGACAAGUCCCAUCUGAUAAAGGUUUUAGAGGAUGGAGCAGAAAAAGCCAAAGAACUGGCUGUUCCUAUCUAUCAAGAAAUAAGGAGACUGGUGGGAUUUCAAUAGAAAUGCUGAGUAGUUUCAAGGACUUUUGUAUCAUGAGACAGAGAUUUUGUUAUUUGUAAUAAAAUCAUUUAUUAAUUUUUAAUCAUUUUGGUUUGAAACAAAAACUUUUCUUCCUGGAAGAUCCAAGGAGAAUGUUGAAAGUAAUUGCAUUUAAAAAUGCGCAUGGAGCCAGGUAUUUCCAGUGGGAUCAGCAUUAAACUUGUCCGUAUAGUCAAAGAGGGAGGACAGAAGCAAUCACAAUUCACUAACAAAUUGUGCAAAAGCAGAUUAUAAGAUUGCCCAUGGGGGUUUUUGGAUUUUUCGAUUGACCACUGCAAGAAGCUGAAGUGUAGACAAGGUGAUCAGAAUCCAGUAGAAAGGUUUGUAAUCCUCUCAAGAACAUACUAAGUUGUGUAUGUGAUCUUGUUACAGAUGGACAAUUUAUCCUAUUGGGAGUUACUAAGCUUUGAUGUGGUGAUUGAACAUGUUCUUGGAUAACCAGAAUAAAAGCAGAGACUUAAAAAUAAAAGGUCAGGGUGAUGAAGAGAGAACUUACUGCUUCUCCCUA